AUGCGAGUCGUGGCGAGUCGACCGAGUUCAACAUCCUGUCGCGUCGCGAUAGCGGAGGCGGGGGAAGGGAGCGGGAAAGAGGCGGGGAGGGAGGUGGAGAAGGAGGAACGAACAGCGGGGAGAUUGAGAGUCGCCGUGAUAUGCGGAGGGCCGUCUGAGGAGCGCGGGAUUUCGCUUAACUCGGCGCGGUCCGUGGUGGAUCACCUCGAGGCGCGUGACGUGGAGAUUAAGACGUACUAUGUAGACCCGUUCCAGAGGGUCUUCGCCAUUCCGACCACCCAGAUGUAUUCCAACACGCCUGCCGAUUUCGACUUCAAGCUUCGCAGCAUGGCAUCGCCCUUCCCCUCCCUGCCUGCCUUUGCUGCGCACCUGUCACAUGCAGUUGACAUUGUGUUUCCGGUCAUCCAUGGGAAAUUCGGGGAGGACGGGGGCAUACAGGCCCUCCUGGAGCAGCAUGGCAUUCCCUUUGUCGGCACCUCAGCUGCUGCUGCCCGCAAUGCCUUUGACAAGUACGCAUGUGCACAGCACAUGAAGCGCUGCGGCUUCCCCACGCUCCCGUCGUUUCUCAUCCAGGCUGGUGUGAACGACAACAACGGUGACGUGGCGCUUGCUGAUUGGUUCACCUCCAACGGACUCUCACCAGACAGCAGCUCUGUUGUGGUGAAGCCAGCUCGAGCCGGGUCGAGCGUCGGUGUCUCUGUGUGUUCCGGUGCGAAGGAAGCUUCCCAGAAGGCUCGGGAACUGAUAUCUGAGGGUGUGGACGAUCGAGUGGUGGUAGAGGUGUUUGCAGCAGGGGGCAAGGAAUUUACCGCCAUUGUGCUGGAGGCAGAAGCAGCAGCAGAUGGGGCUGGGGGUGAGGAUGGGAGCGACGGCACCCGGCGGCGCGCAGUGUGCCUGAUUCCCACGCAGGUGGAGUUGACAGGCUUUGCUGCUGCUCCUGCCACCACAGCAGCAGCAGAAUCUGACGGCGCUGAUUCUGACAGUGACUGCAGUGGAGAUAUCUUCGACUAUCGACGGAAAUACCUUCCCACGCAGCAGGUUCUCUACUCCACGCCGCCUCGCUUCCCCCCCGCCAUCCUCUCCUCCCUCCGCGCCUCAGCCACUCGCCUCUUCUCCUCCCUCUCCCUCCGAGACUGCGCUAGGCUGGACGGAUGGUUCCUCCCUCCUUCCUCCCCGGCUUACUCCCGCGUGCUGUCUGGGCUAAGAGCUAGUAGCAAGUUAAGAGGUGGCGGAAAGGAGGUCAACGAGGGGGGGGAUAAAGAGGCGGCUUAUAACGAGGACAGCAAGCAGGGGGAGGGGGAGUGGGAGGAGGAGUAUAAGGAGGGGAUUGUGGUGUUCUCGGAUGUGAAUAUCGUCAGCGGCAUGGAGCAGACUUCGUUUCUCUUCCAGCAGGCUGCACUGACGUCACAGUUCCAGGACAGUGGGCAGUGGGAGGAGUGGGAGGAGGAGUAUAAGGAGGGGAUAGUAGUGUUCUCAGAUGCGAAUAUUGUUAGCGGAAUGGAGCAGAAUUCCUUUCUCUUCCAGCAGGCUGCGUUGACGUCACAGUUCCAGGACAGUGGGCAGUGGGAGGAGUGGGAGGAGGAGUAUAAGGAGGGGAUAGUGGUGUUCUCGGAUGUCAAUAUUGUUAGCGGGAUGGAGCAGACUUCGUUCCUUUUCCAGCAGGCUGCAUUGGUGGGUCCUCUCAUCAGCCUGCUCCAGAAGCAACCUUCCCCUCCCCAUUGUGGUCCGAGUCAACUCAAACCACACUCGUCCCUCUCUUGCCUCUCCUUCCCUCGCUCCCCACAGGUGGGCCUCUCCCACUCGCUGAUCUUGAGGUGGAUCCUCGCAUCAGCCUGCUCCAGAUACGACCUUCCCCUCCCUCUCCACCCCCCUCCGGCCUCUCCUGGCGUCAAGAGAAUGCUCAAAAGUGACUCAAGUAUAACGGGAGAGGAGGGAGGUGGAGGGGAGGCAGGUGUGUCUGGAGGGAGGCGGCAGCUGGUGUGGGUGCUAUUCGGGGGAAGCACAGCCGAGCGCCAGGUGUCUCUUAUCAGCGGCACCAACGUGUGGCUCAAGCUGAGGGCGUGCCCGCAGCAGCUGGUGUGGGUGUUAUUUGGGGGCAGCACAGCGGAGCGCCAGGUGUCUCUGAUCAGCGGAACCAACGUGUGGCUCAAGCUCAGGGCGUGCCCGCAG